AUGGCUCCAGAGUAUGCAAUGCGUGGGCACUUUUCAAUAAAGUCCGAUGUCUUUAGUUUUGGUGUUUUAGUGUUGGAGAUAAUAAGUGGGCAAAAAAUUAGUUCUUUUGCUAGUGGAGAAAAUGGAGGUCUUCUUAGCCAUGCAUGGAAAAAUUGGAGGGAGGGGACAACUUCAAAUCUCAUAGAUCCCACAUUAGAGGUCAGUUCAACAACUGAAAUACUGAGAUGCAUCCACAUUGGGUUACUAUGUGUUCAAGAAAAUCUUGCUAAGAGACCAACAAUUGCUUCAGUCGUUCUCAUGCUUAGUAGCUACUCCAUCACUCUAUCUGUGCCAAUAGAACCUCGUGUACAAUAG